CGGUACCGAGUUGGGUGUACGGCUCCUACAAACGGGAUGGUGGCCCCGCCCGGUUAUUACAUGGCCUUUGCAGUCAAUCAGGGCGUGCCAAGUGUUGCUCGCUGGAUACAUCUAUCGCCCCAGUAAUUACUUAACGAAUUCUUUUGUUUGUUUGUUUUCUUUCAUUUUUAAAUCUGGAUGUGAAAAUCGAAUUAUGCCAUUGUCCAUGUCAGUAAAAAAAUCACGGCGGGAAUGUAGGAAAUAAAACGCACAUAAGUUAAUAAAAAUAUAUAUAUAUUUCAAUGA